AUACAUAUAUAAGGCACGAUGGGGAGGAGGUUGCACAAUACAUGUUUGUAUCUCAUCACACAUUGUUUAAUUCUGUUUCUAAGUUGAGAUUUGGCAUUACUCUGAUACACCUUCACAUAGAAAUCAGCACGAUGGUUUCCAAAAUGAUGUCGCUGGCUUUCUUUCUGAUCUUCGCUUCCUGCUUAUCGGCAUACGUGCUAGUAAAACCACAAACAAAAAGCAUCACUACUGCUCAGGAUAAGAAAGUGAAACCACAAACAAAAAGCAUCACUACUGGUCAGGAUAAACAAGUUCUUCCACCUCGCUCGCGUCUCUCCAUGGGUACCGUCCCUAGAUAUAUGAACCCGACGUCAAUAAACGCCGUGCGACGAACUCCAGUCAACAACCAAUACAAUUCCCAAUGGCCUCAGCAGCGAACCUCUUACGGAGGAAGUUGGGGACGCCCUGCCCAAGGUCAAGGUUUCCUCUUUAACAACUACAAUCUGAGGAUGCUGAUGGGACUUGGAAACGAGCGAUCGUUGGUGACGUCAUUGCUGGGAACGAAUCCAUACAUGGGGUACUACCCGGGACAGAGGGUAAGGAGCAGUCUAAUUUCACCCGGCGGGGGAAUGUUCAUUAACGCCGACGGCACGGAUGGGUCAAUAAUGAACGCCGACGGAAGUAUAACCAAUGUUGACGGAAGUGACGUGUCGAUAGAUUCGGGCUUCUAAACCGCCAAUCGAAUGCAUAUACAAAAACAAAAACAAAUACUCGAUUUGAAAAAAAAAAUGGCUGUCGACAAUAUUUCAGCAGACUUAACUUUUUGUAAAUCCAUUUAAAAUGUUUUAAAAUGUUGUCGAUGUCAUACAACCAUUGCGGACUGUGGAGCAGUAAAUCAACCUUGUAGAAAGGGUACGAAAAGGAAUGAUUACCCAAUGUAUGGUGUAAAUCAUCUGACAAUCCCUAAUACAGACAAAAUGAUGAACAUUAUCUGUUUUCGCAAACACCAGGUCUCUUCACCUUUUUGGUGAAGAUUCGUCGGUGUUUUUUUGUAUAAUAAACUGCAUUUUGUAUGUAUGCACUUUAAUAAUAAUAAUGUAGCUUUGGACUUUUGGCUACGUUGGUUCGUGUUUGAUGAUGAAAACAUUCCAUUAAUUAGAAGACAAGGAAGAAGAAGAAGAAAAAUAUCGAGAGUGCAAAGCAGACAUUCCUGAUUCUGACCGUGAUAUUAAGAUACAUAUAUAUUCUUUUGUCAUUAAGCCUACUAUUCUAGGCUUUAUUUCCUAGAAUUUUAAUAUUUAAAAAAACCCAUCCUAUUUUGGAAAAGAUUUCUGUUAUUUGUCAGUGUUACCUAAAGUGUUUUUGUUUUUUAUUACCUUUGUAUUAAUAACAUUAAAAUUUAAGAAAUAUAACAGUGGACAUAAAGUCAUUUUAAUGUACUAAUAAUGUAAUGAAAAUUCUCUGUAACAUAAUUUACAUAGUAUUCAAAUAUACGUAGUUUUGAUGAUGGGUGCUAUCUCUAAUAGAUGCAAAGUUUUCCCAUUUAUUUAUAAUAGUAUUAUAAUAGUUAUAAUAGUAACUUCAGUAUAUUAACAGAAAGGCAGCUUCGUCGGAUGUCUUAUUAUGUCAGGUUUUUCGUAUUAUUUUUGUGCUUAUUUUGGGAAUGUUUUCAAGAUGGUGGUACAGCUAGAGAAAUCCAGUUUUUUAAAUGUCAUGUUUUUGUUUGUCUUUUUUUCUUAAUAGUAGCCCGUCAAAAUAAAAAAAUAAAGUAUUUUAAAAUAAACUUCAGCAACCCUCAUCUUUACAAGAUAAUCCAUUUGUGUUUUUGAUUUGUGUAUCUGUUGUAAAACAAAAUCAUAUUAUUAGCGAUUUUUUUUCUUUAUAGAGACAUUUGAAGACUGAACGAAUUUUCAUUAGUAAAUCUUUAUGUUUUUAUUUUUUUAUUUUUGUUUUAUUUAUUUAUUUAUUUAUAGAAUUAUUUUCUUUUUUCUUUUUAUUUUUUGAUUCACUAGACGUUACUAUACCGAGAGGUUAUGUUCACUCUUUGUAAAAAUAACAGUCCAUUAUUUAAAUUUUUAAAUUUUUUAAUAUAGGCUUUUGGGAACGACAUGCAUAUAGCCUGAGUGACGAAUAGUUAUAUAAUUUGAAUAAAUAAUUAAAAAUGUUUUCUUGUUUAGAAUUUUAUUAACUUUUUAAAAAUUAAAAUUAUCUUUAAAUCAUGACUGGACAUAACCAUUUCAGUUUACCAGUCUUCGAUAUUACAUACAAUAGUUUUUUUGUUGUUUUUUUAAAAAUGUAUACACAUUCUGUUAGCUAGUGCCUUACUGGUGAAGAUAUUAUUGAGAAAAUAGUCAUUGCGGGAAUGUUAGUUGUGAGUUAAAGUCCAAAGUUAUUGUUGCUUGUACAUAAAUGUAUUUAUAAUUUUAUAUUUAUUAUUGUUGUACUUUUGCUAUUUGUUUGUUAUAAUAAAUACGAACUUUUAAUACGA